GGGUCUAUUCAUUAAUCGGAUGCCGUUUCAAAACGUUUCGUCUGUUGCAAAACGUUUUUCAACGGAAACAGUUUAGGCCUUAUCCAAACGGAAAACGUUUGGGAACAAAAAACGAGAGUUUCUAUUGAUCAAACUCAGGUCUCUCGCCCGUUUCGUUCUGUUCGGUAUGCUUGCUUCCAUUUGGUUCCUAAAGUAAACGGUAAACUGUUUCUGUUUCCAAAAGUUUUGCAACAGACGAAAUGUUUUGCAACUGAAUCUGACUAAUGAAUACACCUCAUGAAUCCCACAAUAACCGGGCGAAGGAGUUUCUUUUUUUUUUUCCGUGGCAGAGCUGGUUGUUUCAAACCUCAGUCAAAGCGAAAGCGAAGUCGCUAUGCGGGGAGAUGUAAGAUGGCAGAGCUACAAAUGUUGCUAGAGGAGGAAAUUCCAGCUGGCAAAAGAGCUCUCGUAGAGAGUUACCAGAAUCUCACACGGGUAGCAGACUACUGUGAAAACAAUUAUGUUCAGGCUACGGACAAGAGGAAAGCUCUGGAGGAGACCAAAGCCUACACCACCCAGUCCCUGGCCAGCGUUGCCUACCAGAUCAAUGCCUUAGCCAACAACGUGCUGCAGCUGUUGGACAUCCAGGCCUCACAGCUGUGCCGAAUGGAGUCCUCAAUCAAUCACAUCUCUCAGACGGUGGACAUCCACAAGGAGAAGGUGGCCAGGCGAGAGAUCGGGAUCCUCACCACCAACAAGAACACAUCGAGGACCCACAAGAUCAUCGCCCCCGGCAACAUAGAGCGGCCGGUGAGGUACAUCAGGAAGCCCAUCGACUACAACGUGCUGGACGAUGUUGGCCAUGGGGUCAAGUGGCUCAAAGCCAAGCAGCAUGGAAACAAUCAGCCAAUCAGAGGAGGAGGAGGAACGCUAUCGAGGACCAAUCCGCCAACACAGAAACCUCCUAGCCCGCCUCCCGUGACAGGGACGUUGUCAGGGCGUGGAACUCUGGGACGCAGCACGCCCUGUAAAAGUCUAGAGCCGGUGAAACCACCCACAGUGCCAAACGACUAUAUGACCAGCCCUGCUCGACUAGGCAGCCAGCACAGCCCUGGACGCACUGCCUCUCUCAACCAGAGACAACGAACCCACAGUGGUAGUAGUGGGGGUAGUGGCAGCAGGGAGAACAGCGGGAGCAGCAGUAUUGGCAUUCCCAUGGCCGUGCCUACGCCCUCCAUUCCCAACUCUGGACCAGUGGUGGCUCCCGGGCCUGGUCUUGGCCCCAUCCCCAUGUCCCAGUUUGGCACCAUCUCGCGGCAGAUCUCACGGCACAACUCUACCACCUCCUCAGUCUCUGUGGUUUCGGCCACGGGCACCUACCGCCGGGCGCCGUCCGUCACCUCCCAGUUCUCCCUGCAGCAGCAGCAGGCCCUACAGCUACAGCAGCAGCAGAUACAGCAGCCGUACAUUAACGGGGGAACCUCAACCUACCCCCAGAACUCAACUGCCCCUCCUCCCCCCAUGCCCCAGCUGACUCCACAGAUACCUCUGACAGGCUUUGUGGCCAGGGUGCAGGAGAACAUUGCGGACACCCCUACUCCGCCUCCCCCUCCUCCGCCCGAUGACCUGCCCAUGUUUGAUGAAGCUCCUCCCCCUCCUCCACCACCGCCAGUUGACUACGAGGAACAGGAAGCGGCUGUAGUUCAGUACAGCGACUCGUAUGCGGAUGGAGACCCCCAGUGGGCGCCCAAGAGCUACAUGCAGAAAGUGGUGGCCAUCUACGACUACACUGCGGAUAAAAACGACGAGCUGAGCUUCAUGGAGGGAGCCGUCAUCUACAUCAUUAAGAAGAACGAUGAUGGCUGGUACGAGGGAAUCAGUAGCGGAGUCACGGGACUGUUCCCCGGCAACUACGUCGAGUCCAUCAUGCACUAAGCUGACUGAUGGGACCGUACUGCUCUCUAUUGAUUCGGUGUUUCUACUACAGACGUCUGACCUUUCAAAGCACAUAGGGAAGUGCUUUUGGAUACGACAGAAUGUUUGGUCUCUUACUAAUCUCAAAUAAAUCAAAUACAAAAUA